UGAUGGUGCGCGGCGACGAGCUAGGGAGCGCGAUCAGCUAGGAAUGGCUGCCGCGCGCUAGACGGCUCCGUUUGCGCCGCCCGGGUGAAUCACGGAUGGAUUCGUGAGAUCUUCGCUGUGCGAUGACGGGCUGAGUGUGUGCGUGCGUGCGUGGCUUGGGCGCCGCGAUGGUGUCCAAAUCUCGAAUACAAAGCAAGUCUGUGCAGCUCAUGUUCUACACAAGCUGCAUAUAUGCAGCACCCACCCGCACAUCCUCGCAAGGGGCUCAACGGUCCCGUCAGCCGCAAGAACACCGAAACAUUCACGGUUCGCCAGCAGCAGCUAUAGCAGCACGGCUUGAUUGCUUCCCCGGCCGCGGCCGCGGUUGCGGUUCCGUGUGCGCCUUCGCACUUGAGCAGAGCAGCAGCAUGAUGCACAGUAGGGACGUGAUAUGUGUACAUUGGAUCAGCUUUGCUGAAAAUCAUGGUCGACGCAAUCAAGUCGCCGUACCGCACAGCUUGAUCGGAGCAGUCACAUCACGAGUCAAGUUCCAAGCAAGUCAGGGGCCAUGCAUCGCUCGCUCGGCUCACAUGUGGGACAAUCGGACGACCGUUGAGCAGCAAAGCUCGCGGCCGCCACGCCUUCGUUCAUCAUCCACCCACGGCAUUCCGUCGGCACACAACACUCACGCAAGUCGCACCUCUCCAAGGCUGCUGCUCGUCAUGGGCAUUCCUGAUUGGCAGCACGAACCCGCUGUUGGAUGCGCCAGGAAUGACCACUGAUGGCGCCUUUGCUCGAGGAGGUCGUUGCAUGGCAGAAACUCGCACGGCUUCAGUGUUGGCUCUCCACCCUUUGGCUCUGUUAGCGUGACCACUCGGAGCUCCGCGCAACAAAAGGGUACA